GGAAAUUCUACUCCAUUAUUGUUUACUUUCCAAAACUUGUCCACAUGUGUGCUGACCAGUCAAAAUCCUUUUAAACACUUAUUCAUAUAGAGAAAAGUGUUCUCUUCAAAAUGAAACGUUGCUGAGCUCUGUGCAAUAUCCUCAUUAAAAGUCAUAAGCAUUUUCCUAAGUGCACCUAAAACUCUACUUUUCUUUCAUUCCUCUACAUCCAUUUUUGUACUAAGUUGGCUAUCUAUGGAAGAAAAAGAAUCAAUUAAAAAUAAAUCCUACCUGGCUCUUCUUGACCUGUUCGUACAAGGCACGUGCUCUCCUAACAUUGAGCGAUAGGACAGGGUACUAUACCGGUUUAUUAUCUCUUAUAUAUCAUAUAAAACUUCUAAAAUAUCUUUUCUGUUUUUUUUAGAAUCAUGCCACAAUUGCUAGCCUCUCUCGUUAUUUUUGCCUGCAUUCUCUUCUGCAGCUUGUCUUCUCCCAUUAUUUCCGGUGGUUUCCGUUCAGGAUCUUUAGAAGAAGCUCGUGUACUUGACGAAUGUACAGAAUCAGUUUCUCAAUUAGCAGAUGAAAAUUUAACUAUUCGACAGACUUGGCAUAAGAAAUGCGAUUGGUUGAUUAAAGUUCAUAAACAAAACGGGCUUUUAUUAGGAGAUUAUCAACCGGCUGAAAUUCAUUUACAAUGGCCUGGAAAUUCUACUCAAAUGGAAUUUAUUUGGGUAACUCACAAAUCAUAUCAAACUCUACCAAAUCUCCAAAUUUCAGCUGGAAAUACUUGUAACAACAAUCCUGUUAAUUCUGUUGGUAUUAGUGAAAGUUGUCCUACUAUUGUCCCAUCAACCCAAUACGGCUACAAAGUAGGGAAUGCUCAAUUAAAACAAUGGAGUGAUUGUUACACAUUUACCACUGCUCCACAACCAGCUUUAGUUUUAUCAAAUCCUUUUUCAUUAGUCAUUUAUGGUAAGAUAAACAUUUUGCAUUACCAGUUAGAUUUUCAAAAUUCAAUUUGUCUUGCAGUAAAAUUAUAACGAGUGGCGCAUAAUAAACGGGACACUUUUGUUCUUUAUGUUUAAGCCGCUUCCGAAUGAUCUGAAAAUCUGGUUCUAGUCUCAUUCGAUAGAGAAUUGAAUUCUCUCGGAUGGUCGGAUUAUAAAACUUUUAAUAUACGACGGUCGAAGGCUAAAAAUCGAAUUUUCAAAAUAUUUUAUUUUCUGACCGUAUUUUCGUUUUCGCAUUGAAACAAACGUUGCCACGAUAAUCAGCA